CUACUACUACUACUACUACUACAGCAACAACCACAACAACAGAUAUGUCAGGACCACAACGACCCAUAAAUACAACACCUGCAUUUCAAUCAAUAGGUUACGAUGAAAGAGAAAAGAGAACAUAUGAAUUAGUAGUAUGCCAACAACCCCUUCAUGCCCGCAUGUGUGGAUUUGGUGAAAAAGACAGAAGACCCAUUGAUCCUCCUCCCAUUGUUCAACUCAUUGUCAAGCAAAAUGAUGUUCCAGUAGACAUUCAAUCCCUUCAAAUUCCGUUCUUUGUGCUUCAUGUCACGCUUUGGUCCGAUGAUCGAACCGAAGAACGCAACAUUAUAUCUAAUCCACCUAAAUGCACUCGAGUCCUCAUGGGUUCACUUGUUAGUUCACCUAGUCUAUUAAAGAACGCCAAGAAUGAACCUGGACUUUAUUUUGCCUUUCCUGAUCUGAGCAUUCGUACAGAAGGAAGAUAUACACUUCGAUUUAGUUUGAUGAAACUGGCCAAUUCGGACUUCCAGGAGAAUGCAAAGAGUAAGAUUGUAGCUCAAGUGUUUUCUGAUCCUUUUACUGUCUAUUCUGCUAAAAAGUUUCCUGGCAUGACCGAAUCUACUGAACUAUCAAAGAUAUUUGCAAAACAAGGCUUGAAGAUUCCUAUUCGGAAUGAUGUUCGAGCUAGGAAAACAGACUAAUGAAUAAAGAAAUCUAUUUACAUCUAUCUUCUUUCCUCUCUCUGUGUGUGUGUUGUUCUUUCCUCCCCUUUUUUUUGAAGGGAGACUAAAGACUAAAAAAGAAAGAGAGAAAAUCUUGUCGACCCCUUACAGAUGUUUAUAUUCCUGCAUAAACUCUAACAAGUCAAAAGAACAAAGUGAGAGCCGUGUUUUUUAAAAAAAAUUAUUUUGUAAUACACUUUUGUACGAGAUUCUAUAAAGAAAAAAUGGA